AUGGAAACUAUGGAGGAUCAACCACCGCCUGUUGAUGUUAUUCAUGAAGAUACUAAAGAUCACUUCCAAACUGACUUGACGUGGAAAACCAAAGAAGAAGUUGUUAAAUGGGUUGAGGAACAUGCUUGGAAAUUCAAUUGCGUCCUAGUUAAAGGUAGACAAAGCAAAAAGGAGCGGGUUGAGAUGGUUUGUGAGAGGGGUGGGAAGAAAGUAAGCAAGAAGAAAAAAGAUAUGGAUUGCCGUCAUAACCACCCACGUCCAAAGGAUCUUCAUGGACAUUAUAGAGCCGGAAGACUAAAAGCUCAUGAAUAUGCAGAGGUAGAUAAAAUGACACGAGCACGUAUGGCACCCUCUAAAAUUCUUAGCAAGUUGAAGGCGGAUGAUAAGAAUAACAAGACUACGUUGCAACAAAUCUAUAACGCGAGAAGUACUUUGAGAAGGAAGGAUUUACAAGGUAGGUUGGUGAUGCAACAAUUAUUGUGGUUGGCGCGAAAGAAGAACUAUGCUUGCCAAAAGAAAUUGGAUGAAUUUGGCCAUGUGACGCACUUUUUUAUUGCCCAUCCGGAAUGCGUAAAGUUGGCGUUAUGCUUCCCACAAGUUCUCAUAUUGGAUUUCACUUACAAGACCAAUAAGUAUGAGAUACCCUUGAUGAACGUUGUUGGUCAUACGUCAACCAAGUCACCUUUCACCGUUGUUUUUUGUUUUUUGCAUGAUGAGUUGAAAGAAAGCUAUGUAUGGGCCUUGGAACAAGUGAAGUUAAUCUUCCGGGAGGAUGCUCUACCAAAAGUCAUGGUAACCGACCAAGAGGCGGCAUUGAUGAAGAAAUUCCAAGGGAUAAUCCAACCGCUCAAGUUGAAAGAGCUAGAGAAGAUUGUUACAUUACGGGAUGGAGAACGAGAAGUGAAGAAGAAAGAAUUCAGGAAAGCAUAUGAGGAUAAUGAAAGGAUGUGUGCAUGUUUCCACAAUGAUUGGGAAGCUUUGACUUGGUCCAUCACCGAAGAAGUGUAUGAAGAAAAUGUUGCAAAGCUCAUUGCGAAUUGGGGCGUCAAAUACCCGGAAAUCAUUAUAUAUUUACGCAAGCAAUUCUUGGGUACCAACGCACAUAGAUUUGUUAGUGCAUUUAAAAACCACCACAAGCACUUCGACAACCAAGCUACAAGUAUGAUAGAGUCGGUUCACUAUCGUUUGAAUAGGAAUCUAUUUGGGUGCGUGGACACGUUCUUCACGGUGUUUGACGCAAUGGAAGACUAUUUCAUGCGUGACGUUAUAAGAAUUGGAACGUUAUUCGAAAAAAGUCUAAUGAUGAAGCAUGAUGAAUUCCCGGAUGAUAAGUGGCUCCAGGUAUUAACCCAUAGGGUCUCUCAUUUGUGCAUUGAACUUAUAAUGAAGGAAGUGGAGUUGAUGGAGAAAAUGGAUGCUAACUCCCAAGAAGAGUGUGUUUGUAAAAUGAGGGAAAGCAUGGGACUUCCGUGUCGGCAUGAACUACUUCGGUACAAGGAUUGUCUUAUACCUUUUGAGGAUAUUGAUCCUCAUUGGAAACAAUUGAGUAAUGAUCAUAUGCCCGACGAGGACGAUGAUGUAGAGAUUUGGGACACCCCUUAUGGAAAAAGGUUGGCCGAAAUGUAUCGUGGGAUGUUGCGACCUCAAAAACAAAUCUUAUGGGACAAUAUGAUGCCAAUCCUCUAUCCUAACACCCAACAAGGUAUAUUCGAACCGGAAAAGGGGCCACAAAAAGGUAGGCCACCCACGAAAGAAAACCGAAAAGAGCAGAGAGAAAGAGCGUAUGGUCUUACUAUCAAAAAACCCACACCUACCACAAGGGAUCCAUGCGGGUCGAGUACCAUGAUGCAAAGUACGAAGAAGAGAAAAAGGCAAUAG